AAAUAAAAUUUAGUUAAAUCGACGAAAAAUCCUUCAUUCGCAGUGGUGAUUGCUAUUCUGUAGGAGGAGAACCAGUCUGAUGUGAUAUGUGAAAAGAUAUUUUAGUUACUAGAUAAAGAUUGUCGCUGUCGUCGCUGUCCGGAACAUCUUUUGCUGGCGAGGAUAGGGGAGCUAAAUGUCAAAGAAGGAAAAUCCAUACGAUUUGACAGCUCCCAGUGUGAUGGCCCGCAAUGAAUGUUACCGAUGGCUACCAUUGGUAGUACUGGUCCUAGCUCUGCUCCGAACAUCUGCUGCACUUGCCACAUCGUCGACGACGACAGCCACUUCCGAUCCAGCAAUCCUACUCGUAGUGUCCUAUGACGCAUUCCGGACCGAGUACCUGAGGCGCAAUAGCACUUCUUUCAUGAACGAACUGCGUCGAAAUGGCACAACGACGGAAUAUCUGCGGAAUGUGUUCCCCACGAAGACGUUCCCCAACCAUCACAGCAUUGCCACGGGAGUGUACCCGAAUCAGCACGGGGUGAUGGCCAACGAAAUGUACGACCAUGGUCGAGGGAAGCUCGAGUAUUCGUACGAAAUGUUUCACUACGAUGACGACAUCGUGCCAAUCUGGACACUUAACGAACUGAAUGGCGGUCAUUCCGGUUGUAUGAUGUGGCCGGGGUCAAACUUGCCGUACACCAAAGCCAGCGUGAAUUGUACGUUCGUAAAAGCGUAUAAUUUAUCGCUCCCGUGGAAUGAUCGGGUGGACACUGUUUUCCAAUGGAUUCGGGAUCCUCAGCAACCAGCUAACCUGGUUAUGAUGUACAUAGAGGAACCGGACUACUACGGUCACAUCUAUAGUCCGGAUUCGGAUCGGGUGGCACAGCUACUGGUCAAAUUGAACGAUCUAACGCGAUAUAUUUACGAAAAGGUACGAGAGUUCAAUCUGCUGGAUCGGGUGAAUGUGGUGCAUUUGAGUGACCACGGAAUGGACUCGUUGAUGCUGAAGAACUUUAUCAACCUGACCAACUUCGUGCCGACCGAUAUCAAGUACGAUCGGUAUGGAAAUACGCCGGUUUUGCAAAUUGUGCCCAAGGUGAAGCAACAAACGGCCGAUCUGUACCGUGCGUUGAAGAAUGCUUCCGAGAAGAAUGGAAACUUCGAUGUGUACACGUUGGAGAAUCUGCCAAUCAGAUGGCAUUUCAACAAUUCGGAACGAACAGGACCCAUUACGGCGGUGGCCCGACUGGGAUAUGGAUUUGAGGAUAUGUGGGAGACGGUGGAGUACUACCGGAAGACGUACAAUGUGUCAGUAACCCCGGAGUCCAGAUACGGUGUCCAUGGCUACGACAACGACCUCCCAGUUAUGCAUCCGAUCUUUUUCGGCUACGGCCCUCGGAUACGGGAAAGAACCACGGUGGAUCCGUUCGACACGGUCGAUCUCUACUAUCUGUUCUGCGAGAUUCUGAAGCUCAAUGCCCCGUCCUACUUGGCCGGUCAACGGCAGCAUAUUGCGGGCGUACUGCGCAAUGACUCGCGUGACGACGAUGGAAACGAUGACGGGUCCACGCGGGCCUCCACCCUCGUCGUCAUUUUCGCCGGUAGCUUAGUGGGGUCAUUUGCACUGGUGAGCCUGUUGGCAGGUUUUGUCCUGUGGCAGCGCCGCCGCCGGGAAAACAUGGUACCGCACUAUCUGUACGACGAAACGGAAUCGUUUUUGGAUGAGGGUAACAAGUUGCUACCAGCGGCCGCCCAUCAGCAGCAACAGUCCCAGUACCAACACCCUCCCAGCAAUCAUCGCAGCCAUCAUCAUCACCAUCAGCUACGGUCCAGUUCGUCCAUCAACGGGGAUGUUGUUUCGAUAGACGUUUGAGCACGGGACAGACCGCGGGAUGGUAUCGUUGUUCAUUCCUAGUGUUUUCUGUUGUGUUGUUUUCCUUUUAACAUGUAUGUGCGUCUCACGAUGUUUCCAUAUUCGCGCCCUGGUAGUUUUUUUUUUCGAGCGCAAUGGUGGCUUGAAGAAGGAGAUGGUCUUAUGGCCAAACGGUAAGUGUCACUAAUCGUACUUCCCAUAUAGGCACAAUCCUAUCUUACUCUACGUACCGAUACAUAUCAGCUGUAGCAAAAGCGUAGAUUUUAGUUCCCUCGUUCCUUUAUCAUUACCUGUUACCACAAUUGUUAAGAGAAUAUUUUAGCAUCCAGAACCUAUGAGAAUUCCGACAAUACUUGGCUCGGGGAGCGAUCCUGCAGGCACGUGAAUUGAAUUUUGUUUAUUGGAAACUGUCUGCGAGGAAACUCCCCGGCCUACCAAUCCUACCCUAGUGUUGUACAGUGUUUAGAAUAUUCCUUUCUGUCAAUUAGUAGCUCCUGUUUCAACUGACUAACAGCGAGAGUAUCUUUGUCCGAGGAUUAAUAUUGUAGAUUAGAAAGUAUCAUUUUGAAACGAUCAUGAUAACAAUACAUACAAUUCUUACAUCGAAAUAUGCCAAGAACACUUGGACCAUAGCGUAAGACAUACAUAAGCGAGAGUGGGUCAAGGGAAGACUGAACUGAAUAGAUGGAUUUUUGAAAAACAGUAUUCCAUAUCAAA